AUGGGCGUGUUGCUUCACGGGUUGAGGUCUGUUAGUUUAGGCGAACGUUACAACCAGUCAUAAUUAGGCGAACGUUACAACUAGUCAUAAUUAGGCGAACGUUACAACCAGUCAUGUUUAGGCGAACGUUACAACCAGUCAUGUUUAGGCGAACGUUACAACCAGUCAUGUUUAGGCGAACGUUACAACCAGUCAUGUUUAGGCGAACGUUACAACCAGUCAUGUUUAGGCGAACGUUAUAACCAGUCAUGUUUAGGCGAACGUUACAACCAGUCAUGUUUAGGCGAACGUUACAACCAGUCAUGUUUAGGCGAACGUUACAACCAGUCAUGUUUAGGCGAACGUUACAACCAGUCAUGUUUAGGCGAACGUUAUAACCAGUCAUGUUUAGGCGAACGUUACAACCAGUCAUGUUUAGGCGAACGUUACAACCAGUCAUGUUUAGGCGAACGUUACAACCAGUCAUGUUUAGGCGAACGUUACAACCAGUCAUGUUUAGGCGAACGUUACAACCAGUCAUGUUUAGGCGAACGUUACAACCAGUCAUGUUUAGGCGAACGUUACAACCAGUCAUGUUUAGGCGAACGUUACAACCAGUCAUAAUUAGGCGAACGUUACAACCAGUCAUAAUUAGGCGAACGUUACAACCAGUCAUAAUUAGGCGAACGUUACAACCAGUCAUAAUUAGGCGAACGUUACAAAGGUGUCCUUUCAGAGUCGAGAUUUCCAACUUGAAAAUAGGAUAGGAUAACCGCUCCAGUUCAUCUGUUACAUUGACGAUGAAGGUGGCCUAGAAUCAUGUGAGCUAGGCUUGGGCGGUAUACUGGGGUAUUUUGAAAUACCGACGGUAUGAUUUUCAAUAUCGUCAACAAAAUAAAAGCUUUGCGGGGUUGCAUGCUACGCCACAACUUAAGUUAACUAAAUGUUAACUAUCUUAAGAUGUGCCAAAUAAAUUAUCUCCAGCUCGGGGCUCCAACUAUGCAUUUGGUUUGCUAACUUGCUAGCUAUGUGGCUAGCUUGCAAGAGCAAUCUUCUUGCUUACAGCAGAGACAAUCAAUCCCCUCCUGGAUCAGUCCCCUCCCUGCUGCCUAAAUUUGUUUUGUGCGUUCAGGAACAGUAUGAAGGUAUGCCAAUCUGGAUAUCGCCCCACCCUAAUGUAAGCCCAGCCGAGCCCACCGACGACCUGCAGCAACCCUCUCCUAAGCUUACAUUUACAUUUUAGUCAUUUAGCAGACGCUCUUAUCCAGAGCGACUUACAGUUAGUGAGUGCAUACAUUUUUCACACUGGUCCCCCGUGGGAAACGAACCCACAACCCUGGCGUUGCAAGCGCCAUGCUCUACCAACUGAGCUACAGGAGGGCCAGCUUGACCGGUGAUGUUAUGUCCUCUUUUACCUGAGUGUGUGUGAACAACUAAUUGACCGGCAUCGGUUCAUUAUUUGAAUUCCAUUUCAUUUUUUUUUCUUCAGAUCAAGGCCGAACUGUGCGAUAUAGGAUGCAGUUGUAGUUUCCAACAGGCCAAUAUUGUACAUAGUUUAGUGUAGAAAACGUAGGAAUAAACUACAACGAUCAUAAUCCAUUGCCCGCCUACUUGUCCGGUCUGUGUGUUUCUUUUACGCCUGAUGCUUUAGGUUAGUGUGGGGCAGACACAGAGGUUAGUGUGGGGCAGACACAGAGGUUAGUGUGGGGCAGACACAGAGGUUAGUGUGGGGCAGACACAGAGGUUAGUGUGGGGCAGACACAGAGGUUAGUGUGGGGCAGACACAGAGGUUAGUGUGGGGCAGACACAGAGGUUAGUGUGGGGCAGACACAGAGGUUAGUGUGGGGCAGACACAGAGGUUAGUGUGGGGCAGACACAGAGGUUAGUGUGGGGCAGACACAGAGGUUAGUGUGGGGCAGACACAGAGGUUAGUGUGGGGCAGACACAGAGGUUAGUGUGGGGCAGACACAGAGGUUAGUGUGGGGCAGACACAGAGGUUAGUGUGGGGCAGACACAGAGGUUAGUGUGGGGCAGACACAGAGGUUAGUGUGGGGCAGACACAGAGGUUAGUGUGGGGCAGACACAGAGGUUAGUGUGGGGCAGACACAGAGGUUAGUGUGGGGCAGACACAGAGGUUAGUGUGGGGCAGACACAGAGGUUAGUGUGGGGCAGACACAGAGGGGGUAAAGAGAGGAAGAAUGCUUGAUGGAAAGGGAUAGAGAGCGGUUGCUUCGCGGAUCUCUACCUGAAAAUACAUGCUCUAAGUUAUUGAUAGUUGCUAUUCAGCUGUUAUAAAAGGACGACUUAUUUACUUUGAAGAACUACUAAAAUAGUGAUUUGUCAGACAGCAUAGGCAGCAGCUCUAUAGAGAUGAUGACUUGGAAUGAAAUAAUAGUUAUCAAAUGUAAUAUACAACACAACUGAACUAUUUGAUUGAAGUAAAGUCAUGUUAAUAAGUGAUGAGCAGUAAUGGACAGACACUACCAUCAUGGGAUUUUUAUUCAUUGUUUUAUUCUGUGUUACACCGUUGAACCCGCAUAGUGCAUUUAAUGUACAACACUAUAUAAAAAUCAAAAACAGUGAUUCAAUUUUUUUUAUAAUAGAACGGAACGGACCUCAAAAAGCGCUAUUUGCUCAACACUGUUAGUACUGCAUGAGUUUGUAUUGAUGUUGGGUUUUGUAUGAAGCGAGUCAGAGAGUGAAGGAGGAGCUCCAUAAAAGUGUUUGGUCAUGAGCUAAUGUGACAAAGGGAGUUUGUGCCAGAGAUUUCUAGGAAAAGAGCCUUGGCUCAAUGUUCAGAUAUUCACACAUGCUGUACGGGGUGGGGGGGGGGGUGCACACGUGUAGUUUGGUUUAUGGACAUGGGGCUUUGGGGGGGGAGGGCAUUUCUCCGUCCUCAUAGAACAUGGUGUGCUUGUGGCCUCCAAGGCCCCAUAGUCGGGACAUGGGAGGGAAUGGUAACCAUAUGAACUCGCCUCCUAUCAACACAGCGGUUGGCAAAAUAACUCCUUUCCUACUCUGCAGAACUCAACACUUAGGCGAUUUUCCAGUUUUAGCCUCAGUUGCCUGUGCUGCAUUCAAAAUAUUUUUAAGAGUGUGGGGUUAGAUGUAGGUAUAAUGUUGAUUUUUACCUACAGCUAAGCAAGUUUUAUUUGAAUAUUUGUGAAUUAUGUACUGUUUGCUCAUCUUGAACUUGUGACAGACGAUUUAGUGAAACGCCUUCAGGCACAGCCUCUAUCCUCCUAGCUAGUUAACUAUGCACACAGUAUUCUUUCUUCUGAUUUUAAGACGUUUAACAAUACGAGACAGGUCUCUCGCUUUCUCCUGUCACUCUUUCUUCUCUGAUUCAUCCCCUCUCUCUCUUCUUUCUCCCCUGUUUUCUCUGACUUUGGUUGGCACAGGAACCCCUCCAUGGCGUUCUACCAGGCCUUCCAGUCUGGCAGCAGGCUGCGGGACUCUAAGGCCCACAGUGAUAGGUACCGUACCGGACUGGACUGGAUGGGACAGGCCUGCCUGUGUGUGUUUAUGGGUGCAUAGCAGCUCGGCAACAGUGAGCUUUCCUUUGUGGAUGUGCAUGGAUGGAAACCGCAUGGCAGCUGGGAUGUUGGCCAGCCAAACCUCACACUCAGCCAAUAGGCCUACAUCAGUACAUUUACAUUUGAGUCAUUUAGCAGACGCUCUUACCCAGAGCGACUUACAGGAGCAAUUAGGGUUAAGUGCCUUGCUCAAGGGCACAUCGACAGAUGUUUCACCUAGUCAGCUCGGGGAUUUGAACCAGUGACCUUUCAGUUACUGGCCCAACACUCUUAAGCGCUAGGCUACCUGCCUCCUCAGUAACACUAAGGCCUACUAAAGCCCAUAAACAGUUGUUCCCUGAACCUCCCCUCAACUGACUCACGCUAGUCAGUAUGUCACUGAACCGAGUGGUGCUAGAAAGGGCCAACUACUUUUUCUUGUCAUAAUAUGAAGUCAUCAAUAGGAAUAAUCAGUGAUGAAAUAGAACAUGACACAUCCGAUACCUUUCCCUAACGCUCCUACGUACAGAGCAGAUUUGCCAAUAUAUUAUGACUUCUCACCUUUCGGACAGCUAGACGGAGGGUGCAUUCAGGAGGCAGGACAUUCUUGAGAUGACUCUAUAAAAAUGAAAAGGCAACCACACAGUGCCUUCAGAAAGUAUUCACACCCCUUGACUUUUUCCACAUUUUGUUGUUUUACAAAGUGUGAUUAAAAUGGAUUUGUCCUUUUUUUGUCAACGAUCUACACAAAAUACUAACAUUUGUAAAACAAUUAUGAAAAAUGUAACACUAUCUUGAUUAGAUACGUUUUCAACCCCCUGAGUUAAUACAUGUUAGAAUCACCUUUGGCAGCGAUUACAGCUGUGAGUCUUUCUGGGUAAGUCUCUAAGAGCUUUCCACACCUGGAUUGUGCAACAUUUGCCCAUUCUUUUGAAGAUUCUUCAAGCUCUGUCCAAAUCAUUGCUAAACAACCAUUUUCAGGUCUUGCCAUAGAUUUUCAAGCAGAUUUAAGUCAAAACUGUAACUUGGCCACCCAGGAACAUCCACUGGCCUCUUGGUAAGCAACUGUGUAGAUUUGGCCUUGUGUUUUAGGUUAUUGUCCUGCUGUAAGGUGAAUUCAUCUCCCACUGUCUGGUGGAAAGCAGACUGAACCAGGUUUUCCUCUAGGAUUUUGCAUGUGAUUAGCUCCAUUUCUUUUUUUAUCCUGAAAAACUGCCCAGUCCUUAACGAUUACAUACCCAUAACAUGAUGCAGCCACCACUAUGCUUGAAAGUAUGGCGAGUGGUACUCAGUAAUGUAUAGGAUUUGCCCCAAAUAUAACACUUUGUAUUCAGGAAAAAAAGUUAAUUGCUUUGCCAAACUUUGCAGUAUUACUUUAGUACCUUGUUGAAAACAGGAUGCAUGUUUUGGAAUAUUUGUAAUUCUGUACAGGCGUCCUUCUUUUCAUGCUGUCAAUUAGGUUAGUAUUGUGGAGUAACUCCAAUGUUGUUGAUCCAUCCUCAGUUUUCUCCUAUCACAGCCAUUAAACUCUGUAACUGUUUUAAAGUCACCAUUGGCAUCAUGGUGAAACCUCUGAGCAGUUUCCUUCCUCUCCGGCAACUGAGUUAGGAAGGACGCCUGUAUCUUUGUAGUGACUGGGUGUAUUGAUACACCAUCCAAAGUGUAAUUAAUAACUUCACCAUGCACAAAGGGAUAUUAAUGAUCUGCUUUUUAUUUUAUUUCUACCAAUCGGUGCCCUUCUUUGCGAGGCAGUGGAAAACCUCCCUGGUCUUUGUGGUUGAAUCUGUGUUUGAAAUUCACUGCUUGAUUUGAAGGAACUUCUAGAUAAUUGUAUGUGUGGGGUACAGAGAUAAGGUAGUCAUUCAAAAUCAUGUUAAACACUAUUAUUGCACACAGUGAGUCCAUACAACUUAUUAUGUGACUUGUUCAGCAAAUGUUUACUCCUGAACUUAUUUAGGCUUGCCAUAAGAGGUUGAGUACUUAUUGACUCAAGACAUUUCAGCUUUUCAUAUUUAAUUAAUUUGUAAAAUAUUUGAAAAACAUAAUUCUACUUUGACAUUAUGGGGUAUUGUGUGUAGAUCAGUGACGAAAAAAUCUCAAUUGAAUCCAUUUUUAAAUUCAGGCUGUAACACAACAAAAUGUGGAAAAGGUCAAGGGGUGUGAAUAGUUUCUGAAGGCACUGUACAUGAAACCAUAUCUGAGGAGAGCGCAGCACCAGACUGGAAAUGAAUGUGCGUCGUUAAAGCAGCACUCGGCUGACAGACGCCGUGGAGGAGAACUGCACACAUACAUAGUCAGUCAUUUCAUACACCGGACCUCAUAUAGUCAGUCAUUUCAUACACCGGACCUCAUAUAGUCAGUCAUUUCAUACACUGGACCUCAUAUAGUCAGUCAUUUCAUACACCGGACCUCAUAUAGUCAGUCAUUUCAUACACCGGACCUCAUAUAGUCAGUCAUUUCAUACACCGGACCUCAUAUAGUCAGUCAUUUCAUACACCGGACCUCAUAUAGUCAGUCAUUUCAUACACCGGACCUCAUAUAGUCAGUCAUUUCAUACACCGGACCUCAUAUAGUCAGUCAUUUCAUACACCGGACCUCAUAUAGUCAGUCAUUUCAUACACCGGACCUCCUCCAGCCAUAACGCUGUGUGCCUGAGCCCCACUCGCACUAAAGCAUCGAUUGGCUGGCUGACUGACUGACUUAGUGCUUUUAAACCGGGACGCUGCAGUAAUAUCAUGUACUUCUUCCGCCUGGAAGAGUACAUGUGGAUUUCAGUUGUGCUGUGUUUUGAGACUUUACUGUUACUGCAUGCACCUGGAAUGUCUCGUUGGUUUACAUCACCAGCACCACAGGAUGGCGAGGUGGAGGGAUAGCAUCGGUGCCCUCGGCCUCACUUUCUGCUUCACUUCCUGUGUUUAGAGGUGCUGUAUUUAGGGUGCUCCGUAGGCACACACUUCCAUGAGUGUCCGUUUCCAUGGCAGAAGCGCAAACGGGCCAGGCUCAAGUCAUCUGUAGAUCUCAAUGGUGCCCCUGGCGCUCUGAGGCUGUAUUUCAUGUCAAAGUUCCCCCUCAGGAGGCUGAAAAGAUUUCAUGCGCCAUCAGAUCCUCAAAGUUCUACAGCUGCAGAACAUCUUGACUGGCUGCAUCACUGCUUGGUAUGGCAAUUGCUUGGCAUCCGACUGCAAGGCGCUACAGAGGGUAGUGCGUACGACCCAUUACAUCAAUGGGGCCGAGCUCCCUGCCAUCCAGGACCUCUAUACCAGGCAGUGUCUGAGGAAGACCCUAAAAAUUGUCACCCGUCAUAGACUGUUCUCUCUGCUACGGCACGGCAAGCGGUACGAUGCACCAAGUCUGGAACCAACCAGACCCUGAACAGCUUCUACCCCCAAGUCAAGACUGCUAAAUAGUUAGUCUGGGUAAUAGUUAAAUAGUUAACCAAAUAUCUGCAUUGACCCUUUUUGCACUAACUUUUUUGACUCCUCGCAUACGCUGCUGCUACUGUUUUACUAUCUGUCACUUUUUUUUCCUAUCCUGUUGCCUGGUCACUUUAUUCCUAUAUGCUGUAUGGCAUCCUAUUCCCUGUAUAAUGCACUACUGUUGACCAUGGCCUAUAGUCAGCUUCUAUGACUAAGCCAUAAGACUGCUAAAUAGUUAGUCCGGGUAGCUAUUUAGUUAACUAUUUAACUAUCUACAUUGACCCUUUCUGCACUAACGUUUUUGACUCAUCACAUACGCUGCUGCUACGGUUUACUGUCUGUCACUUUAUUCCUAGUUAUAUGAACAUAUCUACCUCAGUUACCUCGUACCCCUGCACAUCAACUCGGUACUAGUACUCCUUGUAUAUAGCCAAGUUAUCGUUACUCAUUGUGUAUCUAUUAUUACUACGUUUUACUUUUCUAAUAUUUCUCUUUUCUUUCUCUGCAUUGUUAGGAAGGGCCCGUAAGUAAGCAUUUCACUGUUACUCCACACCUGUUUACGAAGCAUGUGACAAUUAUUAUACAACAUUUAAAAAAAAAGUUAUUCAACCUCAUUUUGAAACCGAUUGUGCUCUCUCAACAUGAUUCCAUAGAGAUUGUUCCGAUGUCUCUCAACAUCAUGCUUCACCGUUCCCUCCUAAUGUUUACUGUAAAGAGUUUACGAUGGAUGGAUGCCCCAUUGCCAAUUCUCUUGCAAGAAGAAAAUGUUUAUCUGUUAAUUUCCUUCUAGUUACGAAAGGAAUCUGCUUAUAGUCACACAUUGUUUUGAAAAACCUUUCAUGCUAGCAGCAGGUAUUUACUCUCAAAGGUGUCAAGGUAGUCAAGCCCACCUGCAGGUACUGAACAUGUGGACUGGCCUCGCCUUUUGAGCUUUGCGCUAGUUUUAUCGAAAGCCAAGCUGAGCCAAAAGCCCUAACUGGGCUUCUCUCGGCACUGAAGCACCGACGGUAGUGAUCCCAGUGACACUGAGGCAACAGUGUCAAGGUAUGACAACAAUUCCAGGUUCCAACUGAGUUCCCCCCCCCCCCCCCCCCCCCCUCAGUCCUCGUCAACGUCGGAGCUCUUCAUGACUGUCCACUCUUCGGCGACUAAUACAUCUUUGAUUCACAUUCUUCUCUUGAACCCUUGAGGUUUUAACCGUCUCAGUCGUGCUGCUUGGAACACCAAACCCCAUUUUGAGCUCCAUUAAGCUCCGUCUGGUGCUUGCACAAGGUAAACUUUACAGAGUUGCGUAAGAUGGGUGAUAAGAACCCUUUUUUCCCCAGCGGCUUUUCGUUUGAUCUCAACCCAACCCUAAGCCCUGCCCCCGUGGGCUCUGACGAAGAGAGGAAGUUUGACACCUUUACCCACGUAGAGCCGGAGAAGUAGCUUUAUACCACCGAUGGUACAUGUUCGAAGUCAGUGUCUCGAACAAAGAGGGAGGCCUACGUGGCUUUACCUAGAAGCUAUUGGCCUAACAAGAUCAUGUGUCAGAACAGGCUUGGGAAAACUUGUAACAUCACCUGGCCACAUUUUGUUUCGCCUUACAACAACAAAAUUCACAACUUUCAAGCAUCAUUUUGCUUCUUGGACGCACUGCAAGAAUUAUGCCAAUGGAAGGAUUUUACAGUUAGUUUUUUCCUAUGUAGAUGCAUAGGCCCACCAGAAUGGUGUGAAAAACGGUACACGGUAGGUACCGUAUUAAAGUAGCUUAAUUUGAGUGGACACUGCCCAGACUGAUCAAUGAUCCGCUGGUUUGUGGCAGCUCUGACCGGUGCUGAAUACCACCAUGUGCGCUGAUCUAGCACCAGCUAUAUUUGGCAAUCCCCCGGUCCUUUACACUGAAUAGCAGUCUCUUCUAUUCACUGUGCUUAAUGGCCAGAACAGACUGAGGUGUCAGACUGUCCUCGUCGUGGUCACAUUGACCUCUGCCACAGUCGCAUAGUUGGACUCUACCAUCCUCCCUAAAUAUGGUGGGGGGGGGGGGGGGUGGUCCACCACACCCCUGCCAGCGUCCACCACACCCCUGCCAGCGUCCACCACACCCCUGCCAGCGUCCACCACACCCCUGCCAGCGUCCACUACACCCCUGCCAGUGUCCACCAGUGGCUGGUUUUAUCCAGGCUCAUCUUGAGCAAACAUGGAAGAACCACACUACUGUACUCCAUGGUAUUUUAUCCUGUAAACCGGGCCUGUGUGCUGUCAUGUUUGUCGUUUCUGAGCAAAUGAAUAAACAAACUCCCCUUCAGUCUGUCCCAGCGUCUAACUACAUCAUGCUGAUAUUAACCCUUUACAUACUGUACACGCGAGAGCCCAAUGUUUACAUUAGUCAUUUAGCAGACUCUCUUAUCCAGAGCGACGUACAGGAGCAAUUAGGGUUAAGUGCCUUGCUCAAGGCCACAUCGACAGAUUUUUCACCUAGUCGGCUCGGGGAUUUGAACCAGCUACCUUUUGGUUACUGCCCCAACGCUCUUAACCGCUAAGCUUACAUGUUUAAUUCUGGUUGUUUUGUUGUUCAUGCACUACUAGCCCAGUGUUGUGUAAGAUUUAUUUUUUAAUGAAAGUGCCAAAGGACCAGUGACACCAUGGCGACAACAGUGUUUGGUUUAGGCCUACGUCAAAUGAUUAGGCAAGUCCAUGAUUGCAUUCAUGCAUUUGAUUUUAAGAAUUUGAACAGAUUAUAGUUUUUGUUCUCUCACUGGCGUGGGAGCAGUCUGGAGGUAUUUGGACUUGGGGCCCACGGCGACGUCUGUGCUUUUUACAGAGCGAGGGAUCCAUCGGGUCAGACCUUUUUGAAAACUCACAGCAGGCAGGAAACCUAUAGGAGGGCCUGUGUGCAUGCCUGGAACGGACCCAAUUAAACACACAUUUGGGCCGUGUUGCGUGAAGUUUGUGUUUUGCCUGCUUUCUCCAAGGUUUUUGUGGCUUACGUAACGACUCCUUGGCAGUGGGGACCUGCCUGGCUUCGCAUAUGGUUGCUUUAGGCUGCCUGGUGACCCAGGUGGGCAGGGAGAAAUACUUUCAAUACUUUUCUAUUAGUUCCAUUGCAACAGGCAAGCACAGAUAGUUUUUGAAAUUAUUUCUAAUAGUAUUUGAACCCAGGUCUGGUGCUGUGCGCAUGUGUGAGCUGAGCUUGCAUUGUGUUUGAGGUUUUGGGGGAGUGUGCCCACUGCCUCCUUGCAUGUGACGUGUUUGUGUCUUACUCUGCCUUCAUUAUCCAUCAUCCUCUUGUCAGCGAGCUCAGAGAGGAGAUUUGUGGUACAAAUGAUGUCACUGGACUGGCUGCAGAGCUAGGAGGCCAUUCCUCCCUGGAGAAGCCUGCUGAUGUUAAUCUGCUUGUGCUUCCGCCCCUCCUAGACAGUUCAAUUGGAUGGUGAACGAACAGAAUGUCUUGUGUCGUGCUCCAUCGCCAUCCAAUGCUCACUUUGACAGAAGCUCUAAGCGUGUGUGUGUGUGCAGGCACUCGUUAGACGUCAAAAAGCAGGAGCUGUCUCAAUGUAUUCCUAGCCUUCUAAAGUGUUAGUCACUACAGUGCAAUAUGUUAACACCCCGAUGUAUGAUGACCAUUGUAGAAUGGCACCGAAUGUCAACCCAUGCAAUCAGUCCUUGCUGAUAAAGGCUACCACAUCAUAUCUGGUGGUGAAUACUGCAUAUAUACACACACUAUGGACAGUUUUAGGUACACCACCCGGUUUACGAAAAUGGUUCGCUCCUACAGACAGUCGCGUAGCCGUGGCGUGCUAUAUAAAGCAGGCAGGCACACAGGCAUUGAUGUAUUCAGUUACUGUUUGAUUGAACGUUAGAAUGGGCAAAAUGAGUGACCUUAACAACUUUGAGCGUGGGAUGAUCGUCGGUGCCAGGCGGGCCGGUUCCAGUAUCUCAGAAAUUGCAAAAUUUGGUUUGAAAUGUGGUUUCAGUCAGAUGUUUGGAAUACGUUUUGUGCACACGUUCGAUAAAUGUAGACUACAUUUCCAAAAAGGUAACGUUGCAGAAUUAUCACACCUAUCGUUGAAUGAAUGCAUGUUAUUUUUCCGUAAAAAAAUUUUUUUGGGGAUGCAUAUAGAUUUGCCUCAGCCAUGAGUACAACAAUGCACACAAAAAAUUAUCGAGUCAAAAUAAAAGUCACGAUUUAUUUUCAUUCUGGUCCUCAUAACAAGAUGUGUUAACUGUAGUCAGUGGCGGCUCCUGAAAAAAUUCUCAGGAGGGGCAAUUUUUCUGAUGAUUUAGGUGACCUACACACAUUUAAAAAAAGAUAUGUCCAGCAACAACAUGAAGACAGGGGCAGCAUAUAAGUCAAUACCAGAAGCAUUUAUUGACUGAUCUCAAAAGUGUUGGCUUACCAGGGUUGGUGGAGCCCUCAGUUUCAUCUUUGCCUCGCAAAGCUAACUCAAACACUCCGCAAAACUUCACACACUGGAUUAGCCGGCUGAGGAUGUGGCGGUUCUUGCUAAUGUCGUAGUAAAUAUAUUUGUUAUAGUGAAUAUGGAAUAUGAUAUGUUGAGUAAAAUGUUGUGCUAAGAUCUAUUUAGGUCAGGAGCUGGUUAUAAGUUCUGUUCCUAUCCAAUAACAAUGGACAAAAGGGUCCUAUCUUGUCAGCCUUGUCAGCAGGUGGCCAAGGACAACACCCACGCCAUAGGCCUCUCAGUUCUUCCAACUCAGGAGUUCUUGCUCUGAGGACACACACACACACAAACACACACACACACACAUCAUCACUGUUAAACACACACACACACACACACACACAUCAUCACUGUUAAACACACACACACACACACAAAAAUCCCCUCUCUUAGGCUGAACAUUUGAAGACAGAGAACCCGACUCAGAGCCAAUGCAACAGUGACAGUAGCCUGCAGGGGACCUCGCCCAACUCAUCAGGACCAAUCAGAAGAUCAGAACUACUAGAUUGAACCUACUUCAUUUAUUGCAUAAAAUGUCUGCACACAAUGUUUCGGGGCUCUCUUCAGAUAAUAAUAAUAAUAAUAAUAAUAAUAAUAUGCCAUUUAGCAGACGCUUUUAUCCAAAGCGACUUACAGUCAUGCGUGCAUACAUUUUUGUGUAUGGGUGGUCCCGGGGAUCGAACCCACUACCUUGGCGUUACAAGCACCAUGCUCUACCAGCUGAGCUACAGAAAGUGGAUACUCAUGGAUGCGCAUUGCAAUUGUAAAAUGUCAACACAAUUGGAGACACCACGUCAUUUUUGGAGACAUGUUAUUGACAGUAAACUAUUGUAGAUGCGACUGCUAACUAACUAAAACAUUUUAGCUGGCUAGCUAAUCAUCUUAGCUAAAUGUGGGGCAAACAAUUCAGUUAUUUACCGUUAAUUUGAGGGAUUGGGGUGAAAGAAAUCGAGUUACAUAGUGAUACUUUACGAUAUACUGUAUUGACAAUAUCACAAUAUUUUAGCGCUAGUUGGCUGUACCUGCACCAAAACACCAUUAUUGUUCCUUCAUAGCUUGUUCUCAAUCUUUUCACAUUGGGAGCCAAUUUGUUUUCAGCACUUUUAUUUCCAUGACUGAUCAAAACUCGUUCUCAUGGCUUUCUGAUCCCUCUGCAACAGACAUAUGGUGCGCAAUAAAAUCACAGUAUCGAAUCGCAAUACGUAUAGAAUCAUGAGACUCGCAAUGCUGAUGCAUAUAUCUUAUCGUGAGGUUCCUGGCAAUUCCCAGCCCAAGUUCAUUUGCCACAACAAAUCUCUUCGCUAGCAAACGCGAUGUCUUCUCCAAAACGGCAAUGUGUCUCCAGCAAUGUUUACUUUUUUGGCGUUCUAUGGCAUCUCCACUUUCCAAGCAUAUAUGACCACAUGUAAUAUUUUGGUAAGUGAUGCAAAUAGUGAACUAUGUAGGGCCAGGAUGUAAAAUAUAUGUAGCUGCAGCAAUUUCUCUUAUCUGAUAUGGUAAGUAAUGGGGCUUAAUUUGUAGCUCCCUAAGAGUUUGACGAACGGGUCCGUGAACGCGAUUCCAGAUAUAUUUACCUCUGAAUAAACUGCCUUUAUUACACCAUAUCCACAUCCAGUAAACUUGUGAUUAUCAACACUAACCUCAUCGUUGUGGCGGCGGACAGCUAGCCUGUAUCCCUCGUCAUCCAGUUGAGUGAGUGGCAAUGUCUUUUUUCGUUCGUACCAAUUUUUGGAAAAUCCUCGGGUGUAGGACUUUCCGCCUUUAGUAGAAACCUGUUGAAUUAUUAAAUUUGGUCUGGGAGGUCCUAAUUGUUUCGUUGCCAAUUUAUCUUCAUAUGUUCGCCGACAAAAAGGAACUUCUUUCAAACAAUCCACUCUUUUCUCAGUUACGUUCAUGGUUACGUAACGUAUGACGAAAGCGCGUAAGUGCAAGCCCACAGACACCCAUUGAGAUUGUAUUGAAGGCUCUGAAAUUUGAAAAAAAUAGAUUUUACAUGGGAGUCUAUGACAGAAGUUCUGGGCGAUUUUCAAUCUGACUGAAAUCGCCCCAAAAGGGGGUGGAGCCAUUUGAAGCACGACUUUAGCCUGAUUCGACAUUUAGUGGCAGUGUGGCACUGUGGCAGAUCAGACGUAUAGAUUACAACACUGAUAACUACUGUUGCCGUGAAAUAAUUGAUUAGAAAAAAAAUCCCUUCCUUUUCCCGUUUGGCAGUGCGUCGCCCAUAUCGCCCUAUUGAACAGGCCGUCCCUGACUGUAGUUUUGUCAAAGUUUAUGUUGUACAUUCAACUCGUGCUAGAUUUUGAUCGCACAGUAUAGACGAAUGUGAGUCAUGUCUGCGUUUAAAGAUGCACUAUUAAGAAAUAGCUCCGCCAUUUCCUGGUUGCUAAAAUUAUAAUAGUUCACCUAAUUUCAGGUUGUGACAAGACAAGGAAGUAUAGUAUAGAGAAUUAUUGUUGUUUUUAAGCUGGUGUACAAAACAGAAAGUAAAAUAUGCAAAAACCAAACUUCAAAACAGGAAGCAUAGACAUGGCACACAUGGACCAGAUCUACCUCUUCCAAUACUUAUUAUUUCUUUUUUUAUUUGCUAGAUCAGCUUUAAUAUUGCAGAUAGAUUGUAACUUCCAUCAAUGUAAUUGUCUGCAUCACUUCCAAUCCACGGCUUCCAAGACUUGCUUUCAAUGAGAAUAUAUAACUCACAUUUCUAUGUGAAUUUUGUCGUGUCGCCCAAAAAGUUAGAUAUUGUAGCAUUAAUGCGGCCAUAUGACUGGCCUUUCUCCUAUAGGCUUUGCUGUGACCUACAUUGAACUGUUGUCUGCGUCACUACUAGUAACUUAGCAUACUAGUAGUACUAAACUGGGUACUUAGUAGCAUGACAUUCAUAUCUUAAUAGGCUACCCUUUUACUAUCAUAAUUGUCACUAAUGCUUUAAUCAAUUUACUGCAUUUGAAGCACUUACGAUUUUAUGAUAUAGUUAGGAUUUUUGAGGAAUAAUAUAGAAAAAAAAUCAUGGCUACUCAACUUGGUCUCAGAGCAUUUCGUAUUAUUCUGUACUUAAAUCCGAAACACCACAUUUAGUAUGAUAUGUUACAUUUCGUAUAGUAUAUAUUAGUUUGUGGGUGUCCAUCACCCAUUUCGUAUGAUAUGUUACGAAUUACAAUUCAUAUUGUACGUUACGAAUUUGCUAAACUUAGUAUAUGUUAAAUCUGCAAAACGUAUAUGUUACGAAUUCUAGCUAGCUGGCUAAUGUUAGCUAGGUUAGGGUUAAGUUUAGGAGUUAGGUUAAAGGGUUAGGGUUAGCUAAAAGGGUUAAGGUUAGGGGAAGUAGUUGCAAAGUAGCUGAAAAGUUGCUAAAAUGCUAGAGUUGUCCGUGAUGAGUCUAACUCGCAACCUUUGGGUUGCUAGAUGUUCACGUUAUACAUCCACCCCAACCAACCCCCCUACUUUUUGUUUUUGCCUUAUGUAACCAUUUUGUCUUAAUGUAACCAUACCAAACAUAACAUAUCAUUUCAAUGUCCCGGAUUUACAUUUACUAUGUUACGUCUAGUGUAUGAGACCAGGCUGGGCUACUUUUUACUUUACUUUCAUGAUCAACUGGCCCAUGGUAUCUCACAGGUUUCUACUGUCAGAAAUUAAAGAAGUUAAAGAAACCUUUUUAAAGUGCAUGAAAAGUAGUAGUAGUAGUAAUAGUAGUAAUAAUAAAAAUAAAUAAAUAAACCAAUAAUUGGUUCAAUAAUUCCCCUGUGAUUGUCUUCGGUCUAAUAUCCUCCUCUUCCUUUUUACAGUGCCUCUGGAGCCAGUGUUGUUGCCAUUGACAAUAAAAUCGAACAGGCUAUGGUAAGUGUUUUAUUUAACCAUAUUCAUUUUAUGGUAUCAUUUGCCUUCAUUUUUUGUUUUAAACGGUAUUGUUGAAAUCUCAUUGUUGAAAUGGAACUACUGUAUUGCAAGGAACAAAUCUCAACUCAUGUCCUCAUGUUUUAGGUCCCUGGUUUAGGUCCCUCCUUGGUACUUAACUGAAAAACGAAAGUAAUUAAAAUAAUUUGCCGUCUAGAGAUUCCAUUACCUAGUUUCCUUGGUCUGAUCCAGUCGCUGACGAGGACGAAUACAAGCAUAAAUUGUGGCCUGACUUAUCACUGACUUCAUUGCCCCUCCGGGACAUUUUUGUUUGCCAAAUCAUCAUGUGCCUACAGGGUUUGCUUUGUUCAGCUAAUGUACAUAGGCUAGUUGUUUUCUGCUCUGUCCUCUCGCAUUGGCUGUUAGCGCGCUAAAGACUAAUAGCUUGUUCUGCUCUUUCCUCCCACAGAGGAUGGUAGUGAGCUAAAGGCUAAUAGCAUGUUCUGCUCUGUCCUCCCACAGAGGAUGUUAGCGAGCUAAAUGCUAAUAGCAUGUUCUGCUCUGUCCUCCCACAGAGGAUGUUAGCGAGCUAAAUGCUAAUAGCAUGUUCUGCUCUGUCUUCCCACAGAGGAUAUUAGCGAGCUAAAUGCAUGUCCCCUGUUUUCUCUCUCUUCAGGACUUGGUGAAAAGCCAUCUGAUGUAUGCGGUGCGUGAGGAGGUGGAGGUGCUGAAGGAGCAGAUCAAGGAGCUGUUUGAGAGGAACUCUAUGCUGGAGCAGGAGAACGCUGUGCUGAAAUCCCUGGCCAACAGCGACCAGCUGUCUGAGCUCUCCGUCCGGCCGGCCGCCACAAACUCUUCCUGCAGCACGCCUCCCCAGCAAGGGGUGGGCCAAGGCCAGCUGCAACUACAGCUACAGGCUCCACCACAGGCCCAGGCCCAGCCUCAAACGCAGCAGCCUCAACUCCAGCCCCAGCAACUCCAACCCCAGCCUCAGCCUCAACAACUCCAGCCCCAGCAACCCCAGCUCGACGCCAGCCAGCCUUCGCCGCAACCGCAGCCCAACGUUAACUCCGCUUGA